AGAGCAAGUUAGAUAAGGAGCAACGGCCAAUUAGGUCCCAGGAUGCUCUUCAUGCGCCAUCUCAGUCAUACUGUAGCGCCCGCCGUUUAAACUUGCUCUGAUCCAACUCGGGAGUAUCGGACCAGACAAGUCGGCCAACCUAAAGCAUGCCUAUGAGAUGGUAUUGAAGGUGGCAGGAGGAGACGGGUCUGCUGGUUCCAAGCCGUCGCUUGUCGUAUUACCAGAGUGUUUCAAUUCGCCCUAUGGUCGUGUCUCAAAGUACGCAGAGACCAUCGGGUUUACUAAAGCAGAUGACAUCGAGGUCCAGACGUGUCAGAGUGAAAGUGUGAGGAUGCUUUCUUCUGCCGCCAAGGAGGCCAAUAUCUGGUUGGUCGGAGGAGAUGCAGACAACAAAUUUUACAAGACAUGUACCGUAUAUUCACCAACUGGCAAGUUCAUCUCGGUGUUCGUUGCGCCGACUCUUACUUGCGAUAUUUUGCCAGGUGCACUAGUAGCGAUGCACCGCAAAGUUCAUCUCUUCGACAUCGAUAUUCCAGGGAAGAUAACGCUCAAAGAAAGCAAAAUGAUCUCGGGGGGUUCUUCUAUGAACUUCUUUGAUACUGAAUUUGCACGCAUCGGUCUCGGCAUAUGCCAUGAUGUUAGAUUUCCAGAGCUAGCCAUGAUAUCCGCACGGAGAGGAUGUCAUAUGCUUAUUUACCCCGGGGCUUUCAACCUGACGACGGGGCCACUUCACUGGAGCCUACUUCAACGUGCACGGUAUGAGAGAGCUUCUCCGCAAGAGGUUUUCCCGGCGCGAGACAUGAGUGCACGCUACCACGCGUGGGGACAUUCUAUGGUUGUGGAUCCCUUUGGCAAGAUACUAGCUGAAGCAGAAGAGGGCGAGAGCGUCGUCCAGGUAUCGAUUGACCCGACGGUAUUGUAUGAUGCGAGGGCAGGCAUUCCUGUAACUACACAGAGGCGUUUCGACGUGUACCCUGAUGUGAGCAGUGCACAGUAGAUAGGAGUGGUUAGGGGUUUUGUAUUAGAUCCAAAUAGGGAUAAGUCAAGGCAAUGCAGAACAUUCUGGCAUUUUCGUCGGCCUUCCACAGCUUUUGACGACCGGCGUCCCUUCAAAAAACCCUCCGAGGUCGGCCAUCCAGUGUCAUUCGCUUGCCCUCAGUCCUUUC